UUUUUUUUUUUGUAUCCUGUACUCAAGUCAUGAAUUCCUUAUUAUUACCUGCCAUUUACCUUGGUGGUUGUGUUACUGCCAUGAGUAUAUUCUCUCAUUUUUAUCGAAAAUUCACUGGAUUAAAGCAAAUAGAUCCCUGGUUCCCAGAAAACGAAGCCAAAGAAGAGUACAUUACUUUAUUGAACUGCGAAACCUCAGUACCUGAACAUCACCUACGUGCUUCUUUGUUGCGACGAGCGAUGGAAGGGGUAAGACGAUUGGUGCAAGUACAACAAGAAAAGCCUGCAUUACAACAAUUGAUGCGUAUGGGUAGUGUUGGAGAUGAUCUUUGGACUGAAUUCACUGUGGCAGAACAAGAAAUUAUGAAUGAACUACAAGCCAUUGCUACUGAAGCCAACACAUACAAAGAAGGAUGGGGACAAACUAUCUUCUCAACAGCAGCUCAAAUGUUGGAACAUGAAAAGCAAAAGAAUCUUCAAAAGGAAAUGGUGCAACUAAGGGCGACUGAAGAAAAGAAACGAUUGGCUCAAGAAAAAAGGGAACAACAAGAUCGACAACAACAACAGGAACGCGACGCUGAACGAAGACAAAAGGAAAUGGAAAAGGCUCAACAAGACCUCUUGAAAAUGGAAGAAAACGAAAAAAAGCAAAAAACCAAGGGAAAGAAAUAGGAUAGAUACCUUUUAGUAUUAGAAUAGUUGAUUGUUAGCGUUUUUUUUUUUGUAGUACUUUUAUAGUACUGGUUUUAUUUAUAAUAAAAAAGACAAUGAUAGCGUACAAUGAAGAAUGAUGAUGA